AUGGCGGAGCGCACAGAGGAGUCCGCCUCUGUUGCGGAAUCGUUGGUGGAUGACAUCGCGGAAAAGUUCCACAGCCACGACUCGUCCGCGUCCGAAUCGGAGGACGAGAAGCUUGACGCGGCGUCGUCUCCCAUCAAGGAGAAAGUCUGGCGUUUCUUCGGUCGCGAGCAGCCCGUCCACGACGUUUUCGGCGGCGGUAAACGUAUGAGAUCACUCCAUUGCACGCCCCCCAUCUCUUCGGAAGGGCUACAUUUGAUGGCAGUUUCAGUGCAUCUUUGUGCCACUAUAAGCAGUUUAUUUCUUCCGCUUGGUUAUCCAACUUUUACUUUCUCGAUGGGAGCGGGUGAUUCAAUAUGGCAUAGUGCUUGCAUGAGAAGUCUCUUCAAGUUUUAGUAUUGGUUUCUUCAUUCGGUCAAGCUUUCGGCUAUAUUUCUUUUAUUUUCCCUUCCAUUUUUUCUUCCCAUCGAGAUGCUUUAUGGAUCUGAAUCCUUCCCGUCUUGUUUGAGAUUAAAUCUGUCAUGUUUGCUAUUUUCACUAGAUUGCUUUCCUUUCUUAUUUGAGUUUUGCGUUAGAUUUCCAUAGCUAUUAUGGUUUUUUUCCUGGAUCAGUGUGGUCUUUUCUAAUUUAUUUUUGUUCGAAUUUGCAGCUGCGGACGUGUUUCUGUGGCGGGACAAGAAGGUCUCAUCUGGAGUACUGGGCGUGGCUACAGCAACAUGGAUCCUGUUUGAAUUGUUCCAAUACCAUGUGCUUACUCUCGUCUGCCAUGGUCUCAUCCUCUCCAUGGCGAUCCUCUUUCUCUGGUCCAACGCAACCAUUUUCAUUAACAAGUAAGUUGCCACUCCUUAUAACCCUCCAUUCCCCUUGCCAUUUCUCCCCGAUUUUGUUUGUUUAUCGCAAUUUUUCAGGUUAGCAAUUUAUCUGAUUUCUUUAUUUUCCUAUUCAGGUCACCACCACGGAUCCCUGAAAUUCAUAUACCCGAGGAUCUUGCCGUGAAUAUUGCUCUUACUCUCAGGUGUGAGAUUAACAGCAUCUUCUCGAUGUUGAGGGACAUUGCACUCGGACGGGACUUACGAAAGUUCCUUGCUGUAUGUUUCAUAGGCUGUUGUACUUAAUACCAGAAUUUUGGCAUCUCUAUGCCUAGCUAAAAUUUUUCCUUGGUCUUUCAGGUCAUUGCUGGUCUGUGGAUACUCUCUGUCAUUGGAAAUUGCUACAGUUUGUUGACCUUGUUCUAUUUAGGUAAGGAUUAUUCUCCUGUUCUAUUAAAAAACAAUCUCUAUCUCUCGUGAUAUCUAUUUCUUUGGUGUUUUUCUAAUACUCUUUGUUUUGUUUUUCUGAACAAGCAGUGAUCGUUUUCUUGCAUACUUUGCCCCUUCUUUAUGAAAAGUACGAGGAUAAGGUAGACGCUUUCGGGGAGAAAGCAAUGACGGAAAUUAAGAAGCAGUAUGCCGUUUUUGAUGCAAAAUUUCUUAGUAAGAUCCCAAAUGGGCUAUCGAAAAAUAAGAAGCAGUAA